UAAUAUAUAUAUUAUUUUCAUUUGGUUAAUUUGGUAAAACAGCAAACACCUUUGACCUCUUUCACAAAGAUCUAAAAUUUGCUUCACGAGAGUAACAACAUCGAUGAACUUGGCGACAAAUCCGAAGCUGCUGAAUCAAUCACCCACCCACUGCGCUUCCCAUGCCCUCGUUUUUCAAAAAAAAUGAAGAAAAAUUGGAUUUUUAGGCUAUCCAUCAAUUGCGGUGGUGGAAUUGGGUGUGAAAAUGGAGUUAGAUGUGCCAAUCCUAAUGGCGAUAACAACCACUGAAAAGUUUGGUAGUGCGUCACACGUUCCCAUAGCCAUUGCGGUGUACCCGUGACCACACCAUCACCGACACUACCUCCAGCUCAGACCGCAAGUAGCUCAUCAGUGGAGGAGAAACCUGAGUUCAAUCUUCCAUCUUUGGUCUCUUCUCUAUAUCUUCUCUUUUGCUCUCAUUGACUCACUUGUUCUGGAAAAGCAAGUACAGCUGCUGCUGCUGCUGCUGUUAUUGCUGAGAAAGAAGUUUAUUUUCGUACAAAGAUGGAAUUUUUGUCAGUUUUGAUGUGGUGAGAUCACAACAAUGACACUUGACACUAAUGCCAUUUUCCCAGAGCUAUAUGUAGCUCUGGGCCUAAGUGGCUCAAAAAAUGGAGCUUCUACUUUUCCGCUUGUGUUGUCAUCUUUGUGCUCGCAUCUGGAUAGAGUUGUCCAGAAGAAUGAGAAAUCAAUGGAUGUGACGAGGGCCAAAGAGAUUGUUACUGUUUUCCAUGGGCUACGAGCACCUGAAUUAAGCAUACAAAUGUAUAUGGAACGUAUAUUUAAGUAUUCAAAGUGCAGCCCAUCAUGCUUUGUGCUUGCGAACAUAUAUAUUGACAGGUUCCUUCAGCGACCAGAUGUUCGUCUAACUUCUCUAAAUGUUCAUCGUUUACUGAUCACAAGUGUAGUCAUAGCAGCCAAGUUCAUUGAUGAUGCAUUUUUCAGCAACGCAUACUAUGCAAAGGUUGGAGGAGUUAGCACUCGUGAGAUGAACAAACUAGAGCUUAAUUUCUUGUUUAGUCUCGACUUCAGGCUUCAAGUGAGUCCCGAGACUUUUGGUCAAUACUGCAUACAAUUGGAGCGAGAAGGUGCGGGAGUUCCAGUUGAGCGACCAGUUCAAGUGUGCGGACUGAAAGACUUGACAAACAAAGAUGAUUCAAAAUGUCAACCACCUCUUCAUAGAUACAGCUAUUAGUCAAUCAUGUUUUCUAGAUGUCACUGUGGAUGAAUUUGAUUUAAUGUGUCGAUUUUGUCAAUGUUUACAAUCAGAAAAAGAAGGUCAAGUUGAUGCGAACAAAACGACAUUGUGAUGCACACAGCGGGGACCUACAAUCUCAAAAAACUAGUUUAACAGAGUGGGGUUGGUCUCCAAAUAUAUGCCCAUAGACUCUCUCAAUAAAGUGAUGUGGGCUAAAAAAACUAGUUUAACAGAGUGGGGUUGGUCUUCACAUAUAUGCCCAUAGACUCUAUCACUUUGGGACUAAAUUGGGCUUGUAACACAUUGGCUUGAAAUCCCGCUUGUACAUUAUUUAUGAUAUGUUAAUCUUUAGAAUCUUCAUUUAAAAAUGAGAGGCUUGUUAUGGAGCAGCGCUUUGAAUCA